AUGUCUACACAGACACCAUUUCUACCCGUGGAAAAUCCCACCCUUCCAUUCUGGCUCACAGAUCGCUCUGCGCUCGACGAACAUCGGUCAACACCAGAUCUUCCUGAUGAAUCUGAUAUUGUGAUCAUCGGCGGUGGCUACGCCGGCGUCAGCCUUGCAUAUCAUCUGUUGACAUCACCUAGCUAUGGCAAAACACGCCCGUCAAUUACCAUACUCGAGGCAAGAACGAUCUGCUCUGGUGCAACAGGAAGAAAUGGCGGUCAUCUUAGACCCGAUAUCUACGGCUUAAUACCCCUCAACAUCCAGCGUCAUGGUCUUGAGGGCGCCACCGAAUUGGCAGAAUUCGAAUUGUCCCACGUCAAGGCAAUCAAAGAUGUCAUCGAAAAAGAGCAGAUUGAUUGCGACCUGAUAAUGACUCGCAAUAUGAACGUGUAUCUGGAUGAGGAUCGCGGAAAUCGCGUAAGAAAGGUGAUUGAAGAUCUCAAGGCACGAGGAUGCCAAUUUUUGGACGAUAUAUCGUUCCUUCCAGAGAGGAAUAUCGAGUCGACAUCUGGAGUCAAAGGCGCAAAGGUCGCUUUUUCCUACACCUCAGGAACUAUUUGGCCGUACAAAUUUAUACUUGGUCUCUUGAGCAAGGUUCUCGAGUACGGUUGUGAUAAAGUGAAUAUACAGACCAAUACUCCAGUUGAUUCAGUGACAAACUAUGAGCCUGACAGUCACCUUGUUCAUACCCCUCGAGGUACUAUUAAAGCGAAGAAGGUUGUGUACACUACUAAUGCAUACACUUUCGGCUUGCUGCCUGAAUAUGAGCGUGCGAUCUAUCCGGCACGCGGCCUUGCCGUUCACAUUGAUGUUCCUGAGGGUCAGACGCCGCCUCAUUUGUCCUAUUCAUACGCCUUGCGCCCUCAUCCACAAGAAGGAGUGGAUUACUUCGUUGUGCGGCCGGAUGGAAGUAUCAUUGUCGGAGGAGCACAUCAAACCCAUAAACACCCGGAUCCAGAAAAUAACGAACAGUGGUUUAGGAAUAUCGACGACAGUACUUUAAUCGAGUCUACAAAGAACUACUUUGAUGGGUAUAUGCAAAAGUACUUUAGAGGAUGGGAAAACAGCGGUGCGUAUGUUAAAGAAAUAUGGACUGGCAUCAUGGGUUAUUCAUUCGAUUCCGCACCGCACGUCGGCGAAAUACCUUCUCGACCAGGUCAAUAUAUAUGCGCUGGGUUUACUGGACACGGCAUGCCUGUGAUUUACCUCUCGUCCAAAGGAGUAGCGGAUAUAAUCCUUGAGGGAAAGAAGUUCGAAGAGGUACAUGUGCCGCGCGGGUUCAAGGCUACCGCGGAGAGAUUGGAAGCUGCGGCGAAUGACACACUUGGAGGGGACAUAUUCAGAAAAUUCUGA